AUGUCGGCGAGAGGAACUAUACAACGAAGUCCCACAUCACGAGAAUAUGCUUCUGAGAUAGAGAAGUUAUAUGGCGAUGCUGAUAAGAUGUCUGCAUACAGUGCAGAUCGAACGUCCUCUGCCCGUUCCCGCCGUCAAGAAAAGUAUAAGAACAACAACGAAUCCACAGAUUUCUCAACCUCUAAAGUUACGUACCUCAAGAUAGAUCUCUCUAAAUCCGGUUUGGAAGUCGAUAACGAAACAUGCAAACGAAUUCAAAGUUCUGCAGCAGAUAUCAUCCACAGUGCUUGGCCAGUAAACUUCAACCUCUCUCUUGAAACACAUAAGCCACAACUUGACGGGAUUAUCAAUCUUCUAUCUUUCGUCUCCACAAUUCCACAUCAUGUCUCUCUUCUGUUCUUAUCAUCCAUCAGUUCUAUAUUAGGUCUCGAAUCAACAUCCAUACCCGAGAUGAUUAUCGACGAUACAUCGGCACCCCUCCCAAUGGGCUACGCAAAGAGUAAAUUCAUCUCCGAAUGUAUUCUCGACCACGCUGCUAGGGAAUUAUCUAUCGACAUCAAGGUUGCUCGUUCCUGGCUUCGGAAAUUGAAAGAUACGACGAGAAAAAUUGUAUCUGGUACUACGCAGUUGGAAGAGAUAUUGGAAAAGUAUCUAGCGAUUAAACUGCUUGAAUUUUCUGAGACGUUGCCGGAGACGAAAUGGUCGGAUAAAGAUGUGGAGAAGGCGAUAGAAUAG